AUGGUGAAGAAGAAAAGGGUUGGCCGAAAGCCAGCCAUCCCUGCUACAGAGGUCAAAAUCACAGGAGAGGAUGUCCCUUUAAGCCAAAUAGAGGGAAUCGAACCAGAGUUAAGUGAGGAAUUUCAUGACUCAAUCGAAGAAUUAGCACCAGAGAAUGGAACGGAGAGAGGCGAUUUGGAGCAGAAUGUUCGAGAGAUGCAGCAGGCUGGGCUAAUCCACCGUUUAAGAGUGUUUGAAGGAUUUGUUAAGAGGAUUUGGGGUAAUCUAGGGAUUGAUAAGGUGGUUCGGAUGCACUCUGGAUGCACUUUAGUCAAUUUUCGAGAUGAAGCAACUCGUGACCUUAUUUUAGAAGCAGGGGUUAUUCACUUUGAUAGGAAACUGGUGGUGCUUAGGCCUUGGUCUACUGAAAUUGAUGCAAUGAAAAUGGUGAAUUCUGUUCCGGUGUGGAUAAGGUUGAAUGGAUUGGGGAUGCAUUAUUGGGGGAAGAAGAAUCUAAGUGCUUUAGUUAGCACAAUAGGCAAGCCAAUCAUGAUAGACAAAGUGACUCAAGAAAGGUCUAUGGUGAAAUUUGCUCGUGUUCUUGUGGAUAUUGAGAUAUCGGAUGAACCUCCAAAAACUAUUUCUUUUAUCAAUGAGAAAAAGCAACUGGUGGAACAAACUAUAGAGUAUGAAUGGCUCCCAACCACUUGUGCAGCUUGUGCUGGUUUGGGGCAUACGGUUGUCAAUUGUAACAAGGAAAAGAAGGUAGUGUGGAAGAAGAAAUCAGUGGCUGAGAAAACUGCUCCUAAAGAGCAAGGAAAUGAUCAUGGGGACACAGGGAACACUUCAGAAAAAAAUUUAGAAGCUGCCCAACUGGAAAAAGAAGAUCAGAAGGAGAAUAAAGAGGGGAAUAUGGAUAAUGUUGAAGCAAGCAGUAAAUGGCUAACUCCUAAGAAAAAAGCUGUGAGAAAUACUGAGGUAAAAAUGGCAAAAGAGGUUCCAAAAGAGGUCAAUUCAAGCAAUGGUUAUGCUGUAUUACAAGCUACGGAAAGUGAUGAGAUUAUGGUUCCCCCUACUAAGACAACUCUUGAUGGAUGCAAAUAA